UGCAUAUAUGCAUGUAUGUAUUUGUGUGUGUGUGUAUAGAUAUAGAUACUACAUACAUGUAUAUAUUUCUGUAUACAUGUGUGUGUGUGAGCACAUACGUAGACACACGCACACACACACACACACACACACGUGUAUGCGUAUACAUUUACCCUAAGUUUUGGAGGGGAAGGAAGUUACAGAAGGCAUUUAGUUACCAAAACCCUCCUGCCCAUCUCCCGCUUCGACCCUUCUCUCUCUCUCUCCCCCACUCUUGGCUGCAGUUUCACCUAUUUUUGAGGUUUUCAUGGUGGUGGUGGUGGUGGUGGUGGCGGCGGCAGCGGCGUUGAUGGUGGCGGCAAUGAUGAUGAUGGUUGUGGUGGUUGUGUCGGUGGUUACAUAACAGAAGGAUGUCGAAGAUUAAGUUCAGCACAUCUCAUUGGCAAGAAGUUAAAGAGCACUCACACCACCACCACUACGACUUCUACAACCAUGAAGACUACCACAACCACCACCACCACCACCACUAUCACUUUGACAGUUAUCCCCCCCCCCUCAGUAUCACUAGCUAUACCAUCAUUGCCACUACCCCCAAUGCUAUAAUCACCACCUCCACCACCAUCCCUACCACCAUUAGAAUCUACUCCUGUUUAUUGUUAUUCUCAAUGUCCUCUUUGACUUCAUUUCUGUAAUGGAAGUGGGGGGGGGAUUAUGAGGGUGGUGGGUUGUGAGGAGAGGAGGGAAAGGCUGGACGGUGUGGGGUGGGGAGCAUGGGAUGUAGUGGGAGAUAGAAAGACUUGGUGCAAGAAACGAUGGGGUGGGUGUGUGGGGAGUGAUGGUGGCAUAGGGGUGGAGGUGGAUAAAACAGGGGGUGAGUGUUCUCUCACCCCAUCAUGACCACCACACUCUCUCUCUCUCUCUCACAACCAUCUCAACAUUCUACCUCCUCUUCCACCUCCACCACCACCACCAUCCUCACCCAGUAAGCCCAGAGUAUUUCUUCCACAAACAGGGACUAUAGCGUGACCAGGAACAGUAGCAGCAUCACCACAGAAGGAGCCAACACCUGACCCCCCUCCAGCCCCACCCUGCACACUUCUUUACACUCCACCCCACCAAAUGUAACAGAACACGCUGCACCACAGUAAUGACGGCCAGCUGCACCAUGUCUGCGUUUAUAUACACCCACAGCAAUAAUGAGGGCGGCAGUAUAUAACAUAACUCACACCAACACACAUAUAUAUAUAUACACACAUACACACACAUACACGUAUGUAUGUGUAUAUAUACGUAUAUAUUUAUGUGUAUAUGCAGACCCACAGACCUAGUUUAGGGAGGUUUCACAUGUUCUGAAAAUAAGAUGGGGUGGCCAUGGCUAGAUUGCUUUGAUCAUAGAUCUGUUUGAGCCACGUUGACUUAUGGGCUAAACAUAUACACACACACACACACACCAUACAUGCCAAGGCAUACAUUUGUAUAGAGAAGAUGAACAAUAGAGAGGCUGGCACACACACACACACACACACACGCUGAGGCAGAUUGUGUUUUACACACAUACUGACAGAUGUAUAUAGACAGACUGUUCUAGAUAGUUAUAUAAGCUAGACUGAUAGACAGACAGAUGCCAACUCAGCUAGAUUCCUUGAUAGACAUACAACUCGGGUGUCAUCAAUUUGACUUCCAAAACUUGGAGGAAGAAACUGGCAAAGGAAAUGAGUGUGUAGUCGAUAUAUAUACAUACACAUAUAUAUAUAUGAAUAUGCAGACAAAUAGAUAUAAACAGACAUACAAACACACACACACGCAUAGAGAGAGAGGCAUAGACAAACAGACAGAUUUACAGGUAGAUAUAGAGACAAACAGACAGACAGAUAUGUAAAUUGGAUAGAUUUGAUUCUUUACAUAAAAUCUGUUGCAAUCCCAUGAUGUGUUAGCAACUAAAAAAGUGGAGAGAGAGAGUUCUGAGAUAAAGGUAAUGCCAGUUUACCCCGAGAGAGUUGCCUGUUAACAUUUUCAGUUUCCUGCAGAAACAAAAUACGAAAUAAAAUAAAAAAAAAAUUAAAAGCAAUUGGAAAAAAUUUUACAAAAUUUCGAAGAAUGGAAUCUAAUCAACAAAUUUUAUAGAAAUUAAAUUUCUUUGAUUCCCUUUUAAUGUUACUGAAUACCUGCAGAAACAAACAAAGAAAAAUCAGGAAGAAAAACCCCCCAAAAAUACAGGAAAAGUAAAAAUUACCAAAAUAUUCACAAAAAUAUUGAUGGAAAAGAAUUUAAGGAGCAACUUUUGGAUAAAUUUUACGUUUCGUUUUUGAAAUCCAAAACAGAAGAAGAAAUAUUCUGGAGUGGAACUGUGUGUGUGAGUGUGUUGGUCAUAAAUGGCUAAGGCUGAUCUUCCUGAAUCUCCUGAGGAUCUUUUACGUCUUCAUCAACAACUUGUUUGGCUUGAACUGCUUCCUGGAAUCGAAUCCUUCUUCACUGAAAUUCUUGCUCAAGAAAACCUGUCCGAUGCUGCUGAAUCUCGCUGCAAGUAUUAUGUUGAACGACUUGAAAUAUUGAAAUUGCCACCAACCAUUCCUCCAAGACCACGACAAGAAAACCCUCAGGAACCUAACAAAGGGUUAUUUUCGUUAUCAUCUGGUGAUGUGGAGUCCUUCAUCAACUGCAAGGAUCAAGUACCUCCAUUGCCUCCAAGGGACAAUCAGUAUACUGGAGGUGAUUGAUCAGCUCCUGAAGUGGUUUCUAUUUUACACUACUACCACCACCACAACCACUACUACAAUAAUCACUACCAUCACAUACCAUCCCUACAACCACCACCACCACCACAACUACCAUCAUCACCAAUACCACCACUACUAUCACAACCACUAUCACCACUAUUACUACCACCACCACUACUUCUACCACAUACCCCUCUAUCAUAACCAAGACAAUCACCACCACCACUGCCUCCCCUACACUCAGUCCAUCAGUUUGUGAUCAAAUAAAUUUGAAAGCCCAACCUCCAUUUUCUUGAUCCAUUUAGCUGAAUGUUAGAGCUCCAGUAUGGCCACUCUCCCUUAGACAGUCUGAAUACAACCAAUUAAUGAAACAGUUGCAGCUGCAGUUCUUAAUUUGCAAUGUGUGUCUCCUUAUUGUUUGUAUGUGGCCUUGGGGAUAUUUAGGAGUGAAGGAUAUUGUUUAAGGGCUCAAUACAAAAAUAUGAUUGAGCCAGAGGUGGAAGUCUGGUGUCUCUGUUGGGGGUUCCUCAUAUUGGUGGUGUUUGGGUCGGGGAUGAAGAAAACCUCAAGCAUUGGCUAUAUGAAGGGGAGAAACCUGGUCUGUUUAAUUCCACAAACGGUUUUUCAGUUGAUUGGAUUAACUGAAACCCUCAUUGUCACAACUGAUGGAGAACCAGUUGUAUGCGAUUCCUAUCUAGUUCCAGUUCAAAUCUAAGGACUUGGUUCAAGCUGAGGCUUUUUGGAAGAAGAAAAACUUGCCCAAGAUGCUAUCCAGGGAGAUCAAACAUGGAAGCUGGGUUUCUUGAUCAAAUAGUCAUUUAAUAAGACUCCCCACAGUAUGGUAUUGAGGUUGAUAGUGGCUUUCAUCUUUUCGGGGUUGAUAAAUUAAGUACCAGUUGACUACUCCCCUCCCCCCAAAAUUACAGGCCUUGCGCCUAUAGUACAAAGGAUUAUCAUUAUUAUUAUUAUUAUUUACUUAUAAUAAUUUGAUUCCACCAAUAAUAACUGGAAUGUUCCAUUUUCCUUUUAAUCAUAACCAGACUGUUCC